AUACAUGAGAGGCAGAGACAUCUGAGACACGUUAAAUGUGAUAGCCAGGGAAAUGGUGGCCAUAGAGAGGAGCUUUUUCUUGAUCAACCUCAAACUUUCUCGCCAGAAGAAGAAUGGCAGAAAAUGUUUUGCCACCGCAUUGGCUAAAAGGAAGGACUGAGAGCUCAAGAUCCCAGGAACAGCCUGUUUUUCCGUUGAGAGUUCCUAAAAAUAUUCUGUCUCAGUCUGCUGCUGCUGUUUUCGGACUGAAGAAGAAUGGCAGAAAGUGUUUUGCCACCGCAUUGGCUAAAAGGAAGGAACCGUCUGAGAACUCAAGAUCCCAGGAACAGCCUGUUUUUCCGCUGAGAGUUCCUAAAAAUAUUCUGUCACAGUCUGCUGCUGCUGUUUUCGGACUUGGAUUCAUUGAUGCUGGGUACAGUGGAGAUUGGUCAAGGAUUGGAGUGAUCUCAAAGGAGAGUGAAGACUUGCUAAAGGUUGCGGCCUUCGUGGUUAUUCCUCUGUGUGUCUUUCUUAUAUUUUCAGUCUCAAAGGAAGAAUAGGCUUAAAUUGUUGAACUUGGAAAAGUGCAAUUUUAAAUUGAGGAUCAACUAUUCUUUUUUUUU